AUGAGGAAGGUUGUCGUGGUUGAUGGAACAUUUUUGCAAGGGAAAUACAAAGGAACGCUUCUGAUUGCAACCUCCCAGGAUGGUAAUUUUCAAAUCUUUCCAAUUGCGUUUGCUGUGGUUGACACAGAGAAUGAUGAAUCAUGGACAUGGUUUUUCCGCCAACUCAGCCGUGUGAUCCCCGAUGAUGAAGGAUUGGCAUUAAUCUCUGACAGGCACCAGUCAAUAGGGAAAGCUAUUGCAGUGGUCUAUCCAUUGGCAAGCAGGGGAAUUUGCACGUACCACUUAUAUAAAAACAUCUCGUUACGAUACAGAGGGCGUGAUUUGUUUGGAUUGGUCAAAAAAGCUGCAAACUCUUUUAGGUUAACUGAUUUUCAAGCAACCUUCGAGACAAUCAAAGAGUUAAACCCAGCUUUGCAUGCAUAUCUGGAACGUGCUGAUGUACGUAAGUGGGCACGAGCUCAUUUUAAAGGUGAUAGAUAUAACCUCCUUACAAGUAACAUAGCUGAAUCCAUAAACAGAGCUUUGUCCGGUGCUAGAAGCUUGCCAAUUGUUCACCUUCUAGAGUCGAUCAGAUUAAUGAUGACACGCUGGUUUGCAACAAGAAAGCAUGACGCUGAGUUGAUGAAAACCUCUCUUACUCGAGGUGUAGAGAAGGUGUUGGAGAAAUGGAUUGGUCAUUUAGCUGUGGGAUAG